CUCAAGUUGCAUUACACCCAGUUUAAGGAUUUUUCCAUUGUUCAACUUCCCUCACUCAAACUUCUGCAUUUGAGUCAUGUUAAAUUUUUGAAGCCUCAACAUUUCAUGGAGCUUCUUAAUGGAUGUUUCAAUCUUGAAAACUUGAAAACAAAGCAGUUAUCGUUUGAAUUUGAUUAUGAUGACGAUGAAAGGAAGUUUAAACCUUUAUUAAAGCUUGUCAGAGCUGAUAUUGGUGUCACGAUGGGGAUGAUCAAACUUUCUUAUUUCAACGAGUUUCUGUGCAAGUUCGCAGACAUUCCUAUAUUUCCCAAUUUAAUUCAUAUGGAGCUCACCUUGGGAGGCCGGAUUAAAAUGGAAUCGUUGCUUUAUUUCCUCAAUCAUUGCCCUCGACUUCAAAACCUUGUCAUGGAAAACCUAUUUUCUAUUGAUUCUAGGAAUUGGCCAAAUACACUUGUUGCUUCUGAGUGCUUUUCUUCACAGCUCCGAACCUGCUUUCUUCCAUGUUUCACAGGCACCGAUUCUGAGCUAAGAUUUUCCAAGUUUGUUAUGCAAAACUCAACAUUGUUAGGUAGCAUGAAAAUUAUCGGCCAUUCCCUAUCUCAUGAGAAAAAGGCUAAGAUGAGAAUAGAAUUAGACUCAUGCCCAAGGAGCUCUGCAAACUGUCAACUCUUAUUUAUGUAAUUUUGUUAGUAGUUGAAAAUUAUUCCUAAAUAAUUGCACUUGUACUUAUGACUACAUAUAAUGUAUGUGCUGAUUUUGAACAACAGUUGACUUAACUGAUACUAAACAACAUUACAGGAGUGAUAUGGAAGAACUUAGUGUAUGCAAGAUUUUGAGACUGAUUAUAACUUAUUUGUUUGA